GGGCGGCGGCGCUGAGGCCGUUGUUCUGUCUCCACAGGGCUGACUUCCACAAUGUUGAGAGGAGUCGCUCAUGCUGCAAAAGACACAUUCACUCUUCUGUCCUCAAGAUCUCAGCGCUGUAACCCAGGAUUGAUAUUUUCAUCAGUAUGGCCUGAAGCAGCAAGCAGAAGCUUCCUAAUACAUUCCAGUUACACAACUGAUACAAAGUCAAGAGAGGAAAAUAAAAAAACCAUUGAGAGUCUCUACAGUUUGUCAGUUGACGUUAAGAAGAUACGCCGACUGAAGGAAUGGGUCCUUCUCCAGGAUGUGGCCUAUGUUAAAGAAAUUGCUGGGAUCUUACAAGAAAUGGGAGCAGAUGAAACCGCUGUAGCCAACAUUUUAGAACGUUGCCCAGAGGCAAUUCUCUGCACCCCUGAAGAGAUAAACUCUCAAAGAGCUCUGUGGCAAUUAGUAUGCCAGAAUGAAAAACAGUUGAUUAAAUUAAUAGAGCAAUUUCCAGAGUCUUUUUUUACUACCAAAUAUCACCAGAAUCAGAAGGCAAACAUAAUGUUUUUUCAAGAGCUAGGACUUAAGAAUAAUAUAAUCACCAGGUUCUUGACAAGCGCACCCAAUAUUUUUUAUAAUCCUGUUGAGAAAAACAAAAAUGUGAUAGAGACAUUACAAAGAAAUUAUUUAAAUUUAGGAGGUUCUGAAGCAAAUAUGAAGAUCUGGAUACUGAAACUAUUGAGCCAAAAUCCAUUUAUUUUAUUAAAUAACUCCACCACAAUCCAGGAGAACUUGGAAUUUCUCCAGAAGAAUGACUUCACUGACCAUGAAGUUCUACAGCUGCUGUCUAAACUUAAAGGCUUCAUUUUUCAACUUAAUUCUACUACUAUGCAGAAGAGUAUGCUUUUUUCCAAAAGUGUCUUUAAUUGCAGUGAUCAAGAACUAAAAGAACUAGUGCUGAAAUGCCCAGCCCUUCUCUACUAUUCUGUUCCAGUUCUGGAAGAAAGACUUGAAGGACUACUGAAGGAAGGGAUUUCUGUAGCACAGAUUAGAGAGACACCAAUGGUGCUGGAGUUGACAACACAAAUUGUUCAGUACCGAAUUAAAAAGCUCUCCGCACUAGGAUAUGACGUAAAGAGUGGAAAUCUAGAAAGCUUGAAUGGUACCAAGAAAGAUUUUGAAGUCACCUAUGGAAAGAUACAAUCAAAGAAGGAAAGACCAAUUUUUAAUCCCGUUGCCCCUAUACACAUAGAAGAUUAACCUGAAUGCUGUAUGCAAAAUAAAAGUUGAUUUUUUUAGAUGAAACAAAAGUAAUCUUACCCAAACUGUAGUCUUAUGCUGUACUUUGUCCUGGAGGGGGUUUUAGGCACAACUUUGUUGUACACUUGUACCGUUCUAACGCUUUCAAAUACUGUCACAGAACCUCGUUAUGGUAAAGGUUGCCUUUUUCUAGAGAGUACCUCACGUUACAUUUUCUUACCUGACAGGGCAUUAACUGCUUUGGAUUUUCAGCUGUCUCUGCACAGACCAUCCUGUGGUAGUCAUUAGCACAGUUUUUGUCUGAAAACAGCAAAAGAGGGUUAUUUUUCUAGCAGUGUUCAGCAACCCACUGCUUCGCUGACUUCAGGAUAUUCUCUUGGGGUUCCAUUCCUUAUGGCUGCAGUAAGUAGCUCUAGCUCCUGGAUCCUGACCUGCAACAGACUUGAUUCUUUGGUUAGGAAUGCCUAGCCAGAGUGCAGUUUGAGUACAGGGGCAGGACAUAAUUUUUUUAACUCAGUGACUGCUAGAGCAAGACCCUAAUAUGUUUGUGUACAAACCAUAAUGCAAAGAAACUACAAGACAGCCUCCUUUACAUUUCUGAGACUUCAAAAUUUACUUCUUUUGCAUAAAAAUUGGGGCAGGAGGAAAAACAUUUAUUGCUAGUUCUUAAUUUCUUCUUUUCUAGCAAGGUUUGGGGACAGGAAAGAUUAGGGAGAGACUGAGGUUAGUCUCAAAUGACGGCAGGAGAAAGGAAA